AUGGCUCACCCAAUUUAUGAAGCUAAUGAGAAUAGCCCUUACGGAAACCUCAGCCGCUACGAGGUUUACAAAAAACACAGAAUACUCCAUCGAGAGAGCUAUAUGACGAAUGAGCAGAAUGUGAAAAUCUUCACCCAAUCUUGGCAGCCUGCAGAUUCAACUUAUAAAUUUAAAGGGCUUAUAGGCAUGAUUCAUGGCUAUACAUCAGAAAGUAGCUGGCUCUUUGAACUAAAUGCAGUUGCAAUGGCUAAAUCUGGAUUCUUUGUUUGUGCUCUUGACUUACAAGGUCAUGGCUUCUCUGAAGGCUCACCUGAUCACAUCCCUGAUAUUCAGCCGUUGAUUUGUGAUUGCAUUAGUUAUUUCAACUCUGCUCGAGCUGAUCAUCCAAAUCUUCCACCGUUCCUUUAUGGUGAAUCUCUAGGCGCUGCACUUGCAGUACUUGUAUGCCUAAAGCAAAGGACUGCAUGGAAAGGUUUGGUACUGAGUGGAGCAAUGUGUGAAAUUUCAAAGAAGUUCAGACCUGUGUGGCCAAUCGAGAAGCUACUCCCGACUGCUGCUUUCAUUGCACCGUCUUGGAGGAUUGUGAUUACCCAACCUCCGGCAAGUAGGUCAUACAAGGAGGAAUGGAAGAGAGAGCUGAUAGAGAGAAGCCCUAAUCGCCAGACGUGUGGGAAGCCAACAGCAGCAUCUGCAUUACAGCUUCUGAGAGUUUGUGAAUAUGUAAAGAAGAAUUGCCAUGAUCUAGAAGUACCUAUGCUGAUUGUGCAUGGUGGUGAGGACAUGAUAUGCGACCCCGAGGGCGCAAAAUUUCUGUAUCAAUCGUCAACUAGCAAGGAUAAGACACUGAAGAUUUUCACAGGCAUGUGGCACCAGUUGAUUGUGGAACCAAAUGAAAGUGCAGAAGAAGUAUUCAACAAUAUAUUGUCAUGGAUAGAAACGAGAGCUGAUUUAUCCAGCACCAAUUAG